CGUGGAUGAUAUUUCUAUUCAAGUGGAAUACUCUACGUCCUUCGCACGUCCAGACAAUCUUGUAUGAUAUUUAUAUGAUAUUUAUACUUUUUAGUUGAAAAACACAGACCAUCCGUCUUAUUAUAAGUUCCUAUAUCCCAGACUUCCUUUCUUAUAAUUCCAUUUGAAUCCUUUUCUCGAUAUGGCAGACACGGAGAACAAGGAACAGCGUAACAACCCUGAAGGUGUCGACACCCAGAACGGCGAGUCUAGCAGCCAGUCUCAACAACCGCAGCAGCGGCAGAAGAGAUCCCCGCCCAAGCUGAACAAGAAGCAAAAGCAAGAAAACGAGGCCAACGGUGUCGAGAACCAGCCGGACGGCGAAGCAGAAGACGCUCAGCCCAACGGUGAAGAGCAGGACAUCAAGCAAGAAGACCAGGACCAGGACGAGGAUCAGGAUCAGGAUCAGGACCAGGACCAAGACCAGGAACCUGAGCCUGAACCCGAACCUGAACCUCAGCGAAAGCCUCGACGGCAGCGACGCUCCAGACCGGUUCAGAAACAAGACACUGACACCGAAGAAAUCCCACGUCCCGACAUGGAUUCUCCUGGUGGCCGACGCCAACGCCGCAGCAAGCGCGGUAGCCAGCAGCAGGGCGAUGGCGGUCCUCUCGGUGGCGUGGACGACAUUGGAAACACUGUCAAUGGCGCUGGUGAACUCGUCCAAAACACCGCCGGUAAGGCCGUUAACGGCGUCACCAACACGGCAGGCAAGGCAGUCGGCGGUGCCUUGGGUGGUGGCGGAGGGGACAAGGGAGACGACGGCAAGGACGAGCAAUUGCGAUUGAGAUUGGACUUGAACCUUGACAUCGAGGUUCAGCUGAAAGCCAAGAUCCACGGUGAUCUGACCUUGGGACUUCUGAACUAAGAAGUCUUCAUACCAACCAAAAACCUCAAUGGACCCAUCACGGAUACGUCCGUCACUACAGAUAUAAUGGUGUCAUGAAAACCUACCUCUGUUCUUCCCUGUUUC